AUGGGAGAGAACCAGAUCCCCGCGAAGUUGUACUCUAGUGUUCUGAGUGAAGCAGUGGUGGACUGGGGCAGCUUGGGCCCCGGAGAGGAAUGGGUUAACUCAGCCUCAAAUGAGGGAGAGCAGGGUUUGAAACAGGGUGCGUUUUGUCCCUCUGGAGAGGAUUCUAUUCGGAGGAUCUCGUAUGGGGAAGACUUGGCCCCAUUGGUGCAAAACGGGGAAAACCUGACAGAUUGGGGGGAAACUUCACCACCAGGGCAGGAUCAGUGGUGUCCCACAUCAGUGUCCGACCCUGACAGCUGGGUCAUGUCCACCACUUGGGAUAUGCAGUUGGAUGGCACAGGUUUUCUGGACUCUGAGCCACUCAGAGAAGCUGAUGAAGAUUUGGUGUCCGAGGUGAACCUGAACAACGCCAUGAUGUCAGAGGAGGAGAGGGAGGAAAUUCAGCAAGAGUUGGCUAAACUGGAGGAAGAGAUCAGCACACUGAGGCAGGUUCUGGCCUCCAAAGAGAAGCAGCACGCAGAGCUCAAGCAGAAGCUGGGUAUCACCCCCCUGAGUGAGUUCCGAAACAACUUCAGCAGAGGCUGGCAGGACAUGCAGAGCUCCACAGCAUACAAGAAGACAUCAGAGACACUGUCCACAGCUGGACAGAAAACCUCUGCAGCCUUCAGUAGCUUCGGUAGCGCCAUCACCAGGAAGUUUGGAGACAUGAGAAACUCCCCCAGCUUUAAAUCUUUUGAGGAGAAAGUUGAGAACACAGUUUCCAGUAUCAAGACUAAGGUUGGAGGCGCGGGCACGGGCGGCAGCUUUGAGGAGGUCCUGUCGUCUGCAGCCAACGCCAGCUCUCAGGACACGCCCACCAACAACCUGACGGACAGCUCUGAGAGGCCGUGUUAG